AUGGCUGAAAGUCUACAGGACCAUCUUAAAUGUCCCACCUGUCUGGACAUCUUCAAAGAUCCUGUCAUUCUGCCGUGCAGUCACAACUUCUGCCGUGUGUGUCUGCAGCAGUGGAAGGACAAAGGAGAACGAUCGUGUCCACUCUGUAGGACAGAGUUUAGAUCGAUGGAUCUGCCUUUGAACUUGGCACUGAGGAAUAUGUGUGAGAACCUUUCACGAGCCUCAGUCAAGUCAGAGGACAUAUGCAGCUUGCACAAAGAGGAACUCAAACUCUUCUGUUUGGACCACCAGGAGCUUGUGUGCCAUAUCUGCACAAAUGCAGAAAUCCACGUUGGCCACAAGAUCCGGCCCCUCGAAGAAGUUGUGAAAGGUCAUCACGAGGAACUCCAGAAAGGCCUGCAGAAUGCCAAGGAUAGACUCAAAGAUUAUGACCACUGUCAAAAGAACUGCAAUGAACAGGCAGAGUACAUCAAAGUCCAGGGGGAGAAGGUCAGACGCAAGAUUAAGAAGGAUUUUGAGGAGCUCCGUCGCUUCCUUGACGUCGAAGAAGAGGCUUGGUUGGCUGCGGUCAGGGAGGAGGAGGAGGAGAAGAGUCGGACCAUGAAGGAGAAGAUCGCGGCUCUCAGCAGAGAAAUGGCUGCUCUCUCAGAUGCCAUCAGAAGCACUGAGGAGCAGCUGGCGUCUAGCAACAUUUCUUUCAUGAAGAACUUUCAGACUGUGAUGAGGAGUAUCCAAGAGCCCCCCGAUAAACCGAAGCUGCUCCGAGGUGGUCUGCUGGACGAAGCCAAACACUUGGGCAACCUCAAGUUCAAGGUGUGGGAGCGGAUGAAGGAGACGCUCGCCUACAGUCCCGUCAUUCUGGACCCCAACACGGCUGGUCCAAGAAUCAGUCUGUCUGAUAAUCUGACAUGUCUGAGUUUGGAAGAAGUACGCCAGGAGCGUCCAAAGAAUCCAGAGAGGUUCCAGACGUGGCGGUCUGUGCUGGGUGCUGCUUUGGACUCGGGAAGACACGUGUGGGACGUUGAGGUGGGAGACAACAAUGGCUGGGCAGUGGGGGUCGCGUGGGGGGACCCUUGUUUACCUCAGAAAAUGAAUCUUAGGUUAACUGGAUUUUGUGAUGGUAAAUACAAAAUUCCCAAUGGCGAAUAUGGAGAAUGUAAUCCGCGUGUCAAAGUGCAGUGGAUCCGAGUUGCAGUGGACAUGAAUAAAAGGUCAUUGUCGUUCUCGGAAACUCUUACAAACACCAAAUUGUGGAACGCUCAGGAGCUUUCCAAUUGGCCAGACUUGUCCGGUAACACCAAAAUGUAUCCUUACUUUCACACAAAAAGUAAAGCUCCUUUAAAAAUAAUCUCCAUUCAACCUGGCGUGACGACUGGCAUGAGUUAA